GGAAAACAAGAAGGUCUCUCCAGGUAUCAAACGAGUGAACCAAUAUUCUACGUGGCAAGCACUUCUGUAACCAAAAAGAAGCACAUGGUAAAAAAGAAAAGACAAGAAAGGACAAGAAAAGACAAAAAAGGAGAAAAAAGGCAGAAGGGGAGGGAGACAACAAGAGCGGAAAAGAAAUUUCCAGCGAAAAAGCCAUGAAACUCGAGGAAGGAGAAAGGGUCCUCUCUGCAGAAAAACAUUCAGGUAUACCUGAAAUACCAAUAGAGAUAGGAAAGUUCACCAAGAACAUGAAAACAGUUGAAUGCAUGGAACAUGGAAAAAGCAUGGCUGUAAACAAAGAAUAUAUUAUACAUGAAAAAAUCAUGAGUGGAGAGAAGGAAUAUAAUUGCAUGCCAUGUGGAAAGAGCUCCAGCCACAGCAGUCACCAAAGUUCACAUGAAAUAACCCAUUCUCAGAAGAACUCAUAUCAAUGCUUGGAAUGUGGGAAGAGCUUCAGUAAAAGCAGAACCCACAGUUCACAUAAAAACAACCACACAGGGGAGAAACCACAUAUAUGCAUGGAAUGUGGAAAGCGCUUCCAUCAGAGUCAUCACCUAAAUGCACAUGAAAAAAUACACACAGGGGAAGAACCACAUCAAUGCUUGCAGUAUGGAAAGAGCUUCAGUCAGAGUGGUAACCCUAAUGCACAUCAAAAAAUUCACACAGGGGAGAAACCAUAUAAAUGCAUAGAAUGUGGAAAGAGUUUCACUGACAGAAGUGGCCUCAGUUCACAUGAAAAAACACAUACAGGGGAAAAACCAUAUAAAUGCAUGGAAUGUGGAAAGAGCUUCAGUCAGAGCAGUCACCUGAGUUCACAUCAAAGAACUCACAUUGGGGAGAAACCAUAUAAAUGCAUGGAAUGUGGAAAGAGUUUCACUCACAGCAGUGGCCUCAGUUCACAUGAAAAAACACACACAGGGGAAAAACCAUAUAAAUGCAUGGAAUGUGGAAAGAGCUUCAGUCAGAGUGGUAACCUUAAUGCACAUAAAAAAAUUCACACAGGGGAGAAAUCAUAUAAAUGCAUGGAAUGUGGAAAGAGUUUCACUGACAGCAGUGGCCUCAGUUCACAUGAAAAAACACAUACAGGGGAAAAACCAUAUAAAUGCAUGGAAUGUGGAAAGAGCUUCAGUCAGAGUGGUAACCUUAAUGCACAUCAAAAAAUUCACACAGGGGAGAAAUCAUAUAAAUGCAUGGAAUGUGGAAAGAGUUUUACUCGUAGCACUGGCCUCAGUUCACAUGAAAAAACACACACAGGGGAGAAACCAUAUAAAUGCAUGGAAUGUGGAAAGAGCUUCACUCAGAGUACUCACCUUAAUGCACAUCAAAAAAAACACAAACGGGAGAAGCCAUAUAAAUGCAUUGAAUUAUUAAAGAGCUUCACUCAGAGUGGUCACCUUAAUACACAUCAAAAUACACACACGGGAGAAACCAUAUAAAUGCAUAGAAUGUUGAAAGAGCUUCCAUCAGAGUACAGUGGUGCCCUGCAAG